AUUUGUACAAACAAAAUCUUCCAAACCAACACUGCAAUAAUACCCCCUCUGGCCAACCCUGUCCUACACUUACACUGUCAAGUGUCAAUCUUGACAAUGAAUUUAGUUGAAGACAGGUAUAUUUGGAGGACAAUUAAGAUUUCUGAAAAAUUCCAUUUAUUUUUCCUUUCUUUUACAUAGAAGUCUGGUGCCUUUCCAACACCAGUAACCAUGAUAAAGAAAUCAUUGCAGUGCAUUUGGCAACAUGAAGCUGAAAUAAAAGUACAGUAGAACUAGUACAUACAGACCAUUAUCAUCAUCAUCAUCACAAUCAUGUCAAGCAAACUAACAGUCUUCUUAUUCUUCUUGUUUCUGAACAUAUCUUUUUUAUUCCCCACUUCUAUUUCUGGUUUAAAUCAAGAAGGGCUUUCUUUACUGUCAUGGCUUUCGACUUUUAACACUUCUGCUUCUGUUACAUCUUUCUCUUCAUGGAAUCCAAGUCAUGAAACUCCAUGCAAAUGGGAUUAUAUCCAAUGCACUAGUAAUAGUUUUGUUUCAGAUAUCAAGAUCAGGUCCAUUAAUCUUCCCACAAUAUUCCCAACUCAAAUUCUUUCUUUUCCCUUCCUACAAGUGUUAGUCCUCUCAAAUUGUAACCUCACUGGUGAAAUUCCAUCUUCUAUUGGAAACUUGUCGUCGUCUCUGAGAUAUUUAGAUCUCAGUUUCAAUGCUCUAACAGGAAAUAUUCCACCUGAAAUAGGAAGAUUAUCAGAACUGAAGCAACUUUCAUUGAGUUCGAAUUUGUUUCAAGGUGAGAUACCAAAGGAGAUAGGAAGUUGCUAUGAAUUGCAACAACUUGAGCUCUUUGACAACCAGCUUUCUGGAAAAAUACCUGAAGAAAUCGGAAAGUUAACGAGUCUUGAAAUCUUUCGUGCUGGUGGGAACGUUAAAAUUCGAGGAGAAAUCCCAAUGCAGAUAUCAAGCUGUAAGGAAUUGGUCAUUUUGGGCCUUGCAGAUACCGGUGUUUCGGGUCAGAUUCCACACAGUAUAGGUGAACUGAAGAAGCUAAAGACUCUUGCAGUUUACACGGCUAAUUUAACCGGUGAGAUCCCUCCAGAAAUCGGAAACUGUACUGCUUUAGAGGAAUUGUUUGUUUAUGAAAAUCAAAUCUCAGGAGAAAUACCAAGUGAACUUGGUCUGUUAAAGAAUCUUAAGAAGGUUUUGCUUUGGCAGAACAAUCUGAGAGGGGAAAUUCCAGGAAAUCUUGGAAACUGCUCAAGUUUAAAAGUGAUUGAUUUCUCUUUGAACUAUCUAUCUGGAGAAAUCCCCCCUUCUUUCGAAAAUUUAGGCACAUUGGAGGAGCUUCUAUUAUCAGAUAACAGCAUUUCUGGUGAAAUCCCAUACUAUAUUGGCAACUUUUCAAACUUGAAGCAACUUGAAUUGGACAACAAUAACUUUUCAGGUGUGAUUCCACCUACAAUUGGGAAACUAAAAGAGCUAAAUCUGUUUUUCGCUUGGCAGAAUCAACUGCAUGGGAGCAUACCGAACAAGCUGGCUGAUUGUUCGAAACUUCAGUCAUUGGAUCUUUCUCAUAAUUUCCUCACAGGGUCCAUUCCCAAAACUUUAUUCAAUCUGGGAAACUUGACUAAGCUGCUGCUGAUAUCGAACAUUCUGUCUGGUGGAAUUCCACCUGAUAUUGGAAAUUGCACGAGUUUAUCCAGAUUACGCCUAGGAUCAAACAGGUUAGACGGUCAAAUUCCUCCGGAAAUAGGGCGUUUACUGACUUUGAGUUUUCUUGAAUUGUCAGAAAAUCGAUUCACCGGAUCAAUCCCUCCAGCUAUUGGCAAAUGUGCACAGCUAGAAAUGGUUGAUCUUCAUGGAAACAAACUUCAAGGAAAAAUUCCUUCCUCUUUUGUGUCCCUCACUGGUCUUAAUGUAUUAGACCUUUCCAUGAACAGAAUAUCAGGGAACAUUCCAGAAGAUGUAGGGAAACUCACAUCACUCAACAAGCUCAUACUGAAUGGAAACAACAUAGGCGGAACGGUUCCUAAAUCGCUUGGAUUCUGCCAGGAUUUGCAGCUGUUGGAUUUAAGCAGCAACAGACUCGGGGGGUUAAUCCCCGAAGAGAUUGGACACCUGCAAGGACUAGAUAUUCUGUUGAAUUUAAGUCGUAAUUUCCUGACCGGACCGGUUCCUGAAAGUUUCUCUAACUUUUCCAAGCUCGCCAACAUGGAUAUAUCCCAUAACAUGUUGACUGGAAGUCUUAGAGUACUUAGUAACCUUGAUAACCUUGUUUAUCUCAAUGUUUCAUACAAUAACUUUUCUGGUAUUCUUCCUAACACCAAAUUCUUUCAGGGUUUACCUACCAGUGUUUUUAUUGGUAAUCAAGAACUCUGCACUAACACAACUGCAUGCCACUUAAGUGGUGAUAAUGAUCACCAAAAAUCCAUAAGAAAGAUCACUAUUGCUAUUGUACUCAGUAUUUUCAUGGCCAUGCUAAUUUUGACAGCUUCUAUUGCCAUCUUUAUCCGAGCUAAUCAGGGAGAGAUAUGCCAGAAAGAUGACGAAGAAAAUGGUUUGGAGUGGGAAUUCACCCCAUUCCGAAAGCUUAGCUUCUCUGUGAACGACAUAGUGCCAAGACUUAGUGAAUCUAACAUUGUUGGAAAGGGUUGCUCCAGCUUUGUUUAUCGCGUUGAGACUCCAUCAGGACAGGUGAUCGCGGUGAAGAAACUAUUGGCUAAGAAAAUCGGUGAGGUGCCACAGAGGGACUAUUUUUCUGCGGAAGUUAGAACACUGGGAUCGAUCAGGCAUAAAAAUAUCGUGAGGCUUCUGGGAUGUUGUAAUAAUGGGAAAACAAGAUUGUUGUUGUUUGAUUACAUUAGUAAUGGGAGUUUAGCGGGAUUGCUCCAUGAGAAGAGGGUGUUUCUGGAUUGGGAUGCUAGGUUUAAUAUCAUACUAGGAGCAGCUCAAGGUUUAGCUUAUCUUCACCAUGACUGUAUACCUCCUAUAGUCCAUCGUGAUAUCAAAGCCAAUAACAUUUUGGUUGGUCCACAGUCUGAAGCUUUUCUUGCUGACUUUGGACUUGCAAAGCUAUUAAACUCAUCAUCAUCAGAUACUUCAAGAGCUUCCACCAUAAUAGCUGGUUCCUAUGGCUAUAUAGCUCCUGAAUAUGGAUAUAGUCUAAGAAUAACUGAGAAGAGUGAUGUGUAUAGCUAUGGCAUUGUGCUUCUUGAGGUCCUAACGGGAAUGGAACCAACCGAUUCCCGCAUACCAGAAGGUGCCCACAUUGUCACUUGGGUCAAUCAGGAGCUAAGAGUAAAACAUACAGAAUUCACAACAAUUCUUGAUCAGCAAUUACUUUUAAGGUCUGGUACACAAACUCAGGAGAUGCUUCAAGUUCUUGGGGUGGCACUACUUUGUGUUAACCCGUGUGCGGAUGAAAGACCAACAAUGAAGGAUGUAGCAGCAAUGCUAACAGAAAUUAGGCACGAAAAUGAAGAUUUCGAGAAGCCUAAUCGAGAUCCUAAAGAAGCAGUUAAUUGUCCUAGUUUCUCUGGUUCAUCUCAACCUCUCAUCAGAUCACCUCCCCUCAGUUACUCUAGUUAACUCAGCCUCUGUCUAGUUCUAACUAGUUCAUUCUUUCAAGUAACUAAUAAGGAUGUAUAGAUUAUCAAUGGGCAUCAAUAUUCAUUUCAAAAUAAGAA